GCUUUCGGGGACUGUGGUACGGCCCGCGGUCAUGGCGGACGGGCCGCUGGCCGAGCUGCUGCUGCUGCGGCUGCAGGAUAGUCAUGACAGGCUGGAUAGUGUGGAGCUGGCGACUGCCCUGGGGGUGGAACACCAGGCCGUGGUGGGCGCUGUCAAGAGUCUGCAGGCCUUGGGGGAGGUCAUCAAGGCAGAACUGCACUCCUCCAAGUACUGGGAGCUGACGGCAGAAGGGAAGGAGAUCGUAGAGGAAGGCAGCCAUGAGGCUCGGGUCUUCUGGAGCAUCCCUCCUGAGGGCUUGGCCCAGAGUGAGCUGAUGAAACUGGCAAGUGGCAAAGUAGGCUUCAGCAAAGCCAUGUCCAACAAGUGGAUCCGAGUGGACAAGACUGCACCUGGUGGACCCCGUGUUUUCCGAGCGGUGGAGACCGUGGAGGACACAGUGAAGGAGAAGCUGCAACUGGCCCAUCAGGGCAAGGCAGACAGCCUGGAUGAGAAGGAGAAAAAUGAGCUGAAGAAGAGGAAACUACUGACAGAAGUGACACUGAAAACUUACUGGGUGAGCAAAGGAAGCGCCUUCAGCACCAACAUCACCAAGCAGGAGACAGACCUCACCCCCGAGAUGAUCGCCAGUGGCGCCUGGCGGGAUAUGAAGUUCAAGGCCUACAACUUUGCAGCGCUCGGGGUGAUGCCUGAGUGUGGCCACCUCCACCCGCUGAUGAAGGUCCGCACGCAGUUCCGGCAAAUCUUCCUGGAGAUGGGCUUCACGGAGAUGCCAACCAACAACUUCAUCGAGAGCUCUUUCUGGAACUUCGAUGCCCUCUUCCAGCCCCAGCAGCACCCGGCCAGAGAUCAACACGACACCUUCUUCCUUCAGGAUCCAGCUGAGGCCACCGACUUCCCCAUGGACUACUUGGAACGAGUGAAACGAACUCAUGCCCAAGGAGGCUACGGCUCUCAGGGCUACAAGUACAAUUGGAAGAUUGAGGAGGCCCGCAAGAACCUUCUGAGGACUCACACCACAGCUGUCAGUGCCCGCAUGCUGUACCGGCUGGCCCAGCAGGAGCAGUUCUCUCCAGCCAAGUACUUUUCCAUCGACCGUGUCUUUCGCAACGAGACCCUAGACGCCACGCACCUAGCCGAGUUCCACCAGAUCGAGGGGGUGGUGGCUGACUACGGCCUGACCCUGGGUGACCUGAUGGGUGUGCUGAAGGAGUUCUUCACCAAAUUGGGCAUCACACAGCUUCGUUUCAAACCGGCCUACAACCCGUACACGGAGCCCAGCAUGGAGGUCUUCAGCUACCACCAAGGCCUGAAGAAGUGGGUGGAGGUGGGCAACUCAGGGGUCUUCCGCCCAGAGAUGCUGCUGCCCAUGGGACUCCCUGAAGGGGUGUCCGUCAUAGCCUGGGGACUCUCCCUGGAACGCCCCACCAUGAUCAAAUAUGGAAUCAACAACAUCCGGGAGUUGGUAGGGCACAAGGUGAAGCUGCAGAUGGUAUACGACAGCCCGUUGUGCCGCCUGGACUCCUAGUCUGCAGUGGGCUGCACCGCUCCUUGGCAUGGCCAUAGGGGGAGUCCUGCUUAUUUAUUUUCUGGAGGAAAACGCAUCUUCUGGAACAUCUGCUCCUGGCUACUUCCUUGCCUUCCCGCCAGGGUCGACAACCACGUAGGUCCCAGUGAUCACCCCGAACCUCCAAGUAGCGCAUUUGAUGUUGUCCCUCAUCAUCAUCAGUGGCAUUUAUUAAGCGUUUACCGUGUGCAGAGCACUGUACUAAGCGCUUGGGACAGUACAAUACAACAGAGUGGAAGAUAAGGGCAGGGGGCAGGACCGAAGGAGAUGUCCACACCAAAGAAGUGGGUUCAUUCUGUACGCCCUCACUGCGCUAAGCCAGCAUGUGGUCAUGCCCUUUAAGGAAAGGGGGAGGCUUCCCAGUUUCUGUAAUUAAUCAGUAGUAAAUUUGCCCGUGACUGUGAAGACGGCAGCAGCAGAACUGAGGCAUGGAAGGCAUCGAACGACUAAUAAAAAGGGUCAUCGGCAACCUGA